AUGAGGCGCAACAUCCUGGUCGCCAUCUUCCUCUUCGCCUUGCUCGGCGCUUUCGCUAUUCCAGUCGCCCGUGCGGAGACCGCUGAGCCCGCCGCGGCCGAGGGCGAUGCCGCCAGCGACGAACCCGCGCGCCCGCCGCGCGAGUCCGAGACGUUCACGUUCCAGGCCGAGGUGAAGCGUCUCCUCGACAUGAUCAUCAACUCUCUGUACAGCCACCGCGAGAUCUUCCUGCGCGAGCUGAUCUCGAACGCGUCGGACGCGCUGGACAAGCUGCGCUUCAUCGCGCUGACCGACCCCAAGGUGAUGGAGGCCGACGACGGGAGCACGCCGGACAUGGAGAUCCGCAUCAGCGCGGACAAGGAGAAGAAGGUGCUGUACAUCCGCGACUCGGGCAUCGGCAUGACCAAGGACGACCUGGUGCAGAACCUGGGCACCAUUGCCAAGUCCGGGACGUCGUCGUUCCUGGACAAGUUCAAGGACUCGGGCGACGCGAACCUGAUCGGGCAGUUCGGCGUGGGCUUCUACUCGGUGUACCUCGUGGCGGACCACGUCGAGGUGGUGACGAAGCACAGCGAGGACAAGCAGUACAUCUGGGAGAGCACCGCGGACGGGUCGUUCGCGAUCACGGAGGACAAGGAGAACGAGCCGCUCGGGCGCGGCACGAUGCUCAAGCUGCACCUGAAGAAGGACGCGGAGGAGUUCCUCGAGCCGUCGAACCUCGAGGCGCUGGUGCACAAGUACUCCGAGUUCAUCAACUUCCCGAUCCUGCUCGAGAAGGAGAAGGAGGUCGAGGUCGAGGUGCCCGUCGAGGACGACGAGGUCGGCGAGGACGAGGCGGACGCCGAGGACGACGCGGAGAAGGAGGGGGACGAGGACGCCGAGGACGCCGAGGACGAGGAGGGCGACGAGGAGGCGAAGACGCGGACGGAGAAGCGCAAGGUGCGGGAGUGGGAGAAGCUGAACCCGCACAAGGCCAUGUGGCUGCGGUCCCCGAGCGAGAUCAGCGAGGAGGAGUACGACGACUUCUUCAAGGCCCUGACCAAGGGGUCCGCGAGCCACCUCGCGCACUCGCACUUCAAGGCCGAGGGCGACGUUGAGUUCCGCGCGCUGCUGUACGUGCCCAAGAGCGCGCCGUGGGACUUCUACGACAACUUCUACCAGCGCCAGGCCAACGUGAAGCUCUACGUGCGGCGCGUGUUCAUCACCGACGACUACGAGGACAUGCUCCCGCGGUACCUCUCGUUCCUCGUCGGCGUCAUCGACUCGGACACGCUCCCGCUCAACAUCUCGCGCGAGCAGCUCCAGCAGUCCCAGGCCCUCAAGACCAUCAAGAAGAAGCUGGUCCGCAAGGCCCUCGACAUGAUCAAGAAGCUCGCCGACGACGAGCGGAGGGCGAGGGCGCGCGCGGAGGGCGAGGACGGCGAGGAGGGCGAGGAGGGCGGCGACGGGAAGGACCUCGAGGCGGUCAAGUCGCAGUACAGCAACUUCUGGAACGAGUUCGGCAAGGCGCUGAAGAUGGGCAUCAUCGAGGACGCCGCGAACCGGCACCGCCUGGCCAAGCUGCUGCGCUUCCACUCGAGCGCGUCGCCGGACGAGCUGACGUCGCUGGACGACUACAUCGGGCGCAUGAAGGAGGGCCAGAAGAACAUCUUCUACGUGUCGGGCGGGAGCAUGGACGAGCUGAAGAAGUCGCCGUUCGUGGAGCGCCUGAUCAAGAAGGGGUACGAGGUGAUCUUCUUCGGGGAGCCCGCGGACGAGUUCAUGAUGCAGAGCCUGGUCGAGUUUGACGACUUCAAGUUCCAGAACGCGUCCAAGGAGGACCUCAAGAUCGACGACCGCGAGGAGAAGAAGGCGUUCAAGAAGAUCAAGGAGGAGUUCAAGCCGCUCGUCAAGUGGUGGAAGGAGGCGCUCGCGUCCGAGUCGGACCUGGACCAGGUCAAGGUGUCCAACCGGCUGGCCGAGACGCCCUGCGUGGUGGUCACGUCCAAGUACGGCUGGUCCGCGCAGAUGGAGAAGCUCAUGAAGGCGCAGGCGCUCGCCAACAACCAGAAGCACGCCUUCAUGCGCGGCCGCAAGACCCUCGAGAUCAACCCCCACCACCCCAUGGUCCAGUACCUCAAGGACCAGGUCGCGGACGCCGAGGAGGGCGAGGCCAGCGCCGAGGCCGCCAUGACCGCCAAGGUCAUGUACCAGGUCGCGCUGCUCGAGUCCGGGUUCGACGUCGCGGACCCGCAGGCGUUCAGCCGCGACGUCUACAGCGUGCUGCGCCGCGCGGCCGGCGACGAGGCCAUCCCGGAGCCCGACGCCAAGGCCGACGACCAGCUCGACGCCGAGGCGGAGGCCGAGCAGCCGGAGGCGGAGGAGCAGGACGGCGACGUCGAGGGCGGGGAGGAGGACGACUACGAGGAGGAGGACGCCGGCGGCGACGAGCACGAGGAGCUGUGA